AUGGAUCGUUUAACUGCUUGGUGUUGCAAGUUGCUGACGUCACCUCAACUGAAGGCGUGGCUAAAGCAACAACUGUUGAUUCCCCUACUUGAGUACGAGACAAGACUUAAGAAACUAGAAGUUGCUAUUCAGAAUCUCAAGAAAGAUAAAGAAGUACUUCAACACAAAGUUGAUGAGGAAGAAAACCGAUAUGGGAGAGGAAUUCCUGAUGAAGUUAAAAAUUGGAUAGAUGGAGUGAAUAAAAUAAUUUCUGAAUAUGAUCGUUUCCUUGGGGAGGAAGAACUCCAUGAACUUGCAGUGUUUGACUUGCUUGCAAGUGGUGGUUACCUUCCUAAGCCGGGGAUAAGGUAUCGUCAAAGCAGAAAAGCACAUGAUAUUACAAAGAAGGUUAAUGCACUUCAACAAAAAGCGAAGAAAGAUACGCUCUCUUAUUGGCUUCGCCCACCCUCCUUGGCUGCCUUUUUUUCUAAUGUUGGUUAUGAGAGCUUUCAAUCGAGAGAUGAAAUUGUGAAGAAGAUUAAGGCAGCAUUCGAAGAUUCAAAUGUUAAAAUGAUAGGACUUCAUGGGUUUAGUGGUGUGGGCAAAACCACUUUAGUCAAAGAAGUUGCUAAGGAAGCCUUGGAUGAGAAGAAGUUUGAUGUUGUGACCAUGGCAAAUGUAACCAGAAAUCCUGACAUACGAAAAAUUCAAGGACAAAUUGCUGAAAUGUUGGGGAUGACAUUGGAUGAGAAAAGUGAGAUUGCAAGAGCUACUCGAAUACAAAUGAGACUAAAAAACGAGAAGGAGAGCGUACUUAUAAUCUUUGAUGAUCUUUGGGCGAAAUUGGACUUCAAUAUGCUCGGGAUUCCAUCUGGUGAUGAUGAUGGCCUGACAAAUAUCGAAGAAAAAAAGUCCCUCGAGGAGAUGAAAACUGAAGGUGCUUCCAAAAAGAAGGAAACAGAAGAUGCUUUAAGUAUGAUGAAAACCAAAGAGCCCCUUAGUGCUUCCAAUGUGACGAAAACAAAAGAAACACUUAGCCGUUAUAAAGGGUGCAAAGUUUUGCUGAUUUCUGAAAUAAAACAAGUGUUGUCGAGUCACAUGGAAGGGAAGGAAGACUCUAUUUUCUGUUUAGAAGUCUUAAAGGAUAAGGAAGCAGAGACAUUGUUCAAGAAUAAGUCUGGAAUAGGUGAUACAAAAUCUGAAUUUGAAAAGUUAGCUGCUCAAAUUGCCAAAAAGUGUGAAGGGUUGCCAAUGCAUAUAGUUACAACUGCAAGGGCAUUAAAAAAUCAGAGCCGCUCGACAUGGGAGGAUGUUAACCGAAAGCUUGAAAGUCAAAAGUUAAUUGGAAAGCCAGAGUUUUCUACAAAGUUGAGCUACAAUCUUUUAGAAAAUGAAGAGAUAAAGUAUACUUUCUUACUUUGUGCUUUGAUGGGUCAUGAUGCAUUAAUUAUGGACUUGGUUAAAUACUGCAUUGGUUUGGGUUUUCUUCAAGGAAUCUCAAGAUUAAGGGAAGCUAAAGAUAGAGUAUAUGCAUUGGUUGGAAAGCUAAAACAGUCUGGUUUGUUGUCUGACAGUUAUUCAAAUGAUCAUUUCACCAUGCAAGCUAUUGUUCGUAGUGCAGCUUUAUCAAUAGCAUCCGAGGAGGACAAACAUGUAUUUACAAUGACAAAGGGAGAAAUAGAUGAAUGGCCAGAUGAGGAUAAACUUGAAAGGUACACUGCUAUUUGCUUACAACAAUGUGAUAUCAUUGAAGGGUUUCCUAAUAUUCUAAAAUGCCCAAGACUUAGAGUCUUCCAUGUUAACAAUAUUGAUCCAAGUCUGAAAAUACCAGAUAACUUUUUUGAAGGAAUGAAUGAACUCAAAGUGUUGAUAUUGACUGGCUUUCACCUAUCACCCUUACCUUCAUCGAUCAAAUGCCUAACAAAACUCAGAAUGCUUUGUUUGGAGCGUUGCAUGCUAGGUGAGGGAUUGUCCAUCAUGGGGCAAUUGAAAAAGUUAAGAAUUCUUAGUCUUUCAGGAUCUGAUUUUGAAAAAUUGCCUCUUGAAUUGAAUGAAUUAAAAAAGCUACAAAUUUUUGACAUUAGUAAUUGCUUCAAACGUCAAGAAAUUCCUUCCAAUGUAAUAAAAAGUUUUAUUAGUUUGGAAGAGUUAUAUAUGAGAAACACCUUCGUUGAAUGGAACAUUGAAGGAGGGACAAAUCAAAGGGAAAAUGCUAGUCUUUCUGAGUUGAGGCAUUUGAAUUGGUUGACAACUCUAGACAUACAAAUCCCAAAUGUUGAUCAUUUGCCGAAAGACUUAUUCUUUGACAAAUUAUAUAGUUACAAGAUUGUUAUUGGAGAUUUGAAGGCAUACUUAGAGACAGAUUUCAAGAUGCCAGAGAAGUAUGAAGCAUCGAGAUUUUUGGCAAUACAGUUAAAAUCUUGUUUUGACAUCCAUUCUCAAAAAGGUAUCAAAAUGUUGUUCAAUAGAGUUGAAAUUUUGUUGUUGGAAGAUCUCAACGGUGUUGAAGAUAUUUUUUAUAGAUUGAAUAUGCAAGGAUUUCCAGACCUGAAACAUUUAUCUAUUAUAAGUAAUUCUGAAAUUCAAUCUCUUAUCAAUCCAAAGUACAGACAACAUCCCGAGAAGGUUUUUCCUAAAUUGGAGUCAUUGCAUCUCUAUGAUCUCAAUAACAUGGGUGAAAUAUGCUCCUGUGAUCUUUCAACACCCUCCUUUGAAAAAUUAAAAGUUAUCAAGAUCAAUAUGUGUGACCAUCUGAAGAAUGUUUUCUUACUUUCAGUGGUUAGACUUCUAACAAUUCUUGAAACAAUUGAAGUUUCUCAAUGCAAAUCUUUGAAGGAGAUUGUCCAUGCUAGCAGUCCCAGUGAAAUUGAAUUUCCUAAGUUUCCAGAAUUACGCUCUUUGACAUUGAAAUCUUUAUCUGAACUUAUUGGAUUCUUUUCCAGAGGAGAGACCAAAAAAAUAUUGUUCCAUGAAAAGGUUGAGGUUUCCAAAUUAGAGAGAAUGGAGUUGUCCUCCAUCCAAAUUGAUUUAAUAUGGAGUGUCAAAUAUUCACUAAGUUCCAAUUUUCAAAAUUUGUUACACUUGGAUGUGAAUUGUUGCUGCAAUUUAGAAUAUUUGUUAUCAUUUCCAAUGGCCAAGAAUCUAAAGAAUCUUCAAAGCCUUUUUGUUAGUGAAUGUGAGAAGAUGCAACACAUCUUUCAUAAAGGCCAAGACUUUGAUGCUAAAAUGGAGGGUAGCAUUUUUCCAAAUUUGAAGAAUAUCAAAUUGAGUAGCAUGAAGAGUUUGAGCAAGAUAUGGGCUAAAGUCCCAUUGUAUUCCUUUGGGAAGUUGGAUACUCUAAUCAUCGAGGAGUGUGAUAAAUUAGACACAGUUUUUCCGCGUUACAUGGAGGGAAUAUUUCGGAGUCUAUGCAACUUGAAGGUUACUAAUUGCGAGUCAAUGGAAGCCAUAAUUGACCUAGAGAACAAAAAACAAGAUGCUGAUGGAACCAACUUGCAAGACAUUCAUUUAGAAGCACUCCCAAAAUUGAAGAAUAUAUGGAGAUGGAACAGUGACCAGGAAGGGUUUCUCAACUUGAACAAUCUACGAAAGAUAUGGGUUCAUAAUUGUGUUAGCUUACAAAAUAUAUUUCCAAUUUCUGUAGCCAAGUGUCUUUACAAUCUUGAAUUCCUUUUGGUGUCGAAUUGCUAUGAAUUGAGGGAAAUGGUUGCCAGGGGAGAAGGUAUAAAAAACAACACAAGCAGUCAUACUCCAACAUUUGAGUUUAUGAAAUUAACCACUGUCAAAAUUUUGAACCUACCAAAGCUAAGGAGUUUCUAUUCAGACGACUGUGAAUUAAGAUUCCCAGCAUUGAAUGACCUGACUAUUGAACUUUGUGACAAGCUGGAACCAUUCCAAAAAACUGCAGAUGCACAAAGCAAGUCAGCUCUCUUUCCUGAAGAGGUAAUCAGUAAGUUGAAGUCCAUGAAAAUUGAUUUGUGGCAUGCAAAGUCGUCAAAAAGCUACAUUGGGGAGGCGAACAAUCGAAGAUACAACUUGGAAGAGCUUCACUUAUCUAGGUUUUGGAAUAUUGAGAUUCUAUAUUCUUUCCUUCAUAAGAAUCCUAAACUGAAAAGCCUUUCAUUGAGUGAUUGCUCCUUUAAAGAAGUAGUGCCUCACAAAAAUCUUCCUGAAACUGAAAACUUGGGGGUCAUUCUAGAGCUAAAAAGCUUGAAGUUAAUAGACUUACCUGAGCUUGAGAAUAUAGGCUUUGAACGAGACGUAGUUCUACAAAGGAUAGAGUUCUUGGUAUUAAACAAAUGUCCUAAUUUGUUCACUAUUGUGCCUUCAUCAGUAUCUCUCACUUAUUUGACAAACUUGGAAGUGGUUGAUUGUAAAGGAUUAAAAAAUUUAAUACUCCCAUUGACUGCAAAAAGCUUGGGUCAACUCAAAACCAUGAAGGUAGUCAAAUGUGAAUCUCUGGAGGAAAUUGUAGGGAAAGAAGAAGAGAAUGCAGGCGAAGUUGUCAUUGUUUUCAGACAUUUGGAAACUCUAGAACUUGUGUCACUGAAGAGCCUUGGAAGUUUCUGCAGCUCUAAUAGUUGUAUCUUCGAGUUUCCAGCAUUGGAGAAAUUAAUAGUGUGUGCAUGUCCUAAAAUGGAAAAAUUCUCCGAAAAAGUCAGGAAUGUGCCAAUUUUACAAAAAAUAUAUAUUGUACAAGAAAAAAAGAAAGUCAUGGAUGUGCCAAUUUUACAAAAAGAAAAACAGAAAGUCAGGGAUGUGCCAAUUUCAAAAAAAAGAUAUAAUGAAGAAGAAAAAGAGAAGAGAUGUUACUGGAAAGGUGAAUUAAAUGCUACGUUGCAACAAAUAUCCAGGGAAAAGGUACGCAGGUUUGAAUGA